GGUUUCCCGCGGCUCAUCAUUUCUUUCCAUCUAUAAAUCAGACCGCUUUUCUCCGGCUCCAACUAUAUUAAUCUCUCCCUCCCUCCUCGCCCCAUCUCCAUAGCCCCUCCCCCUCUUCUUCUGGAGAUGAAAAAAUGAGGUCUCGGUUUCUGGAUCUCGACAACAAGGGUUGCGCGGCGAACCAGACGAGCGAAGCCGAGGACGAGGGGAGGAGGCGGAGAGGGCAAAACCAGAGGCCGGCAUGGCUGGAGCAGCUCUUGAGCACCGACUUCUUCGGGCCGUGCGAGGCCCACAAGGACAUAAAGAAGAGCGAGAUCAACAUCUACUGCGUCGACUGCCGCUGCAGCAUGUGCGCCAACUGCCUCUCCCUGCCGUCCUCCCCUCACCGCCGCCACCGCCGCCUCCAGAUCCGCCGCUACGUCUACCAGGACGUCGUCCGCGUCCUUGACAUCCAUAAACUUCUCGAUUGCUCCAAAGUCCAGUCUUAUACGGUGAACAGUGCCAAGGUGUUAUUCCUCCACCCCCGGAAUCAAUCGAAGUCGUCCAAACCCAACCCCGGCAGCCCUCUUUGCAACAUGUGCAGUCGCUCCGUUGCCGAGCCCAAUCGCUACUGCUCCGUUGCCUGUAAGGUGUUCGACGAUUCCAAGGACGCAUCCACCGCCCCCGUUGAUGAGUCCGACCGAUCAGAGCCGUGCUUACCGCAUCUGACGUCUGACUUCGAGGACGAGCCCGAUGCUGAAGCGUCCGACGCGAGCCAGGAUGGGAGUCCCGACUCGCCUCGCCCCGGUUGGAGGACACGUGUCAGGAAAGGAGUUCCCCAAAGCAAUUUUACGGUAUCUGAAUGUCUCUGCAAUUACACGAUGUCGCUUAAGAAAGUCCACACACACAAAUGAACAAACUGCAAUCUCUGCUUUUAUUGGAAGCACAAUGGACUGUCCCAAAGCAUUGAUCCAAGUGCUUGG